AUGAAAGUGUCUGACCAAGCCCUGGAACUCUUUCCAUGGAUCAUAUGGCAAAUCUGGAAAGCCCGGAACACAAAAGUCUUUGACGACAAGGACAUCGAUCCCAUAGAUACAUAUCAACUUGCAUAUGCCGAAACACAGGCUUGGCUUGCGGCGCAAACUUUGGAAGAGAUGACAGAAGAACAUACAUACACGGAGCUAGGACUAAGUCAAGAGGAAUCUCUACCUGUUUACCCACGAUGUCAAACUGAUGCCUCUUGGGGUGUCGAUAGUCCAUUCAUGGGUACAGGUUUCAUUAUCGAAAAGGAAGAAGGAGACUGCAUUUAUGGAGCUUCCUCAAUGCAUCAGGUCAUGUCACCUCUACAUGCUGAAUUUGCAGCGCUCCUAUGGGCUAUGAAGGUUUCCUUGGAAUUGGGACACACCUCACUCCAUUUCGAGACAGAUUGCCUACAGCUGGUAUCAAUCAUCGAGGAAGAAGAAGAUUGGCCGUCAUUGGCUUCGGAAUUAGACGAGUUUUUCUUCAUUCGUGCCUCUUAUACUUGCUUUACUUUGUCUUUUAUCCCACGUUUGUUAAACGUCCGUGCCGAUUGCCUAUCCAAAGGGGCACGAGCACGAGACUCCAUUUGUACUCAUGUAGACACUUCGAUUCCAAACUGGGUAGCUCACCAACCUCUCCUCUUUGGUUAA